AUGUGGUGCCAUGGGCGGGGUUUAGGCCCAAAGCUGUGUAGGAGCAGCGCCUAUUACGGUAGUCCUCAUCUUCACGGCCGGCGCCUCUUCCUGCAUUCAUUCGUUUGUUUUUUCCAUUCACGAAGGUAGUGAGGCCUGGUUGAAAGCCAUGGAGAGCGCUCUGCCUGCCGCCGGCUUCCUAUACUGGGUGGGCGCGGGCACCGUGGCCUACCUGGCUCUGCGCAUCUCGUGCUCGCUCUUCACGGCCCUUCGGGUCUGGGGUUUGGGUCACGAGCCGGGGGUCGGACCGGGGCUCGGUGAAUGGGCAGUUGUCACGGGUAGUACUGAUGGAAUUGGAAAAUCAUAUGCAGAAGAGUUAGCAAAGCGUGGAAUGAAGAUUGUCCUUAUCAGCAGAUCACAGGACAAACUGAACCAGGUUUCCAGUGAAAUAAGAGAAAAAUUCAAAGUGGAAACAAAGACCAUUGCUGUUGACUUUGCAUCAGAAGAUAUUUAUGAUAAAAUUAAAACAAGCUUGGCAGGUCUUGAAAUUGGUGUUUUAGUGAACAAUGUGGGAAUAUCAUAUGAGUAUCCGGAAUACUUUUUGGAUGUUCCUGACUUAGACAGUACCAUCAAGAAACUGAUAAAUGUUAAUGUUCUUUCUGUUUGCAAGAUGACAUGGUUGGUACUGCCUGGCAUGGUAGAAAGAUCUAAAGGGGCAAUUCUGAACAUCUCCUCUGCCAGUGGCAUGUACCCAGUUCCACUGUUGACCUUGUACUCUGCAACUAAGGCUUUUGUAGAUUUCUUCUCUAGAUGCCUCCAUGAAGAAUAUAAGAGCAAGGGCAUCUUUGUGCAGAGUGUCCUGCCCUACUUUGUAGCUACGAAACUGGCUAAAAUUCGAAAGCCAACUUUGGAUAAGCCCUCUUCAGAGACGUUUGUGAAGUCUGCCAUUAAAACUGUCGGCGUGCAAUCCCGAACCAACGGAUACCUGAUCCAUUCUCUUAUGGCCUCAGUAAUCUCAAGCCUGCCUUCCUGGUUGUAUUUUAAAUUGACCAUGAAUUUAGGCAACUCCACCCGGGCUCGCUAUCUGAAGAAAAUUAAGAAGAACUAAGCAUUGGUAACUGUGUUGAGUAACUUGACCAGAUGUUCCAGCCUAGGCAUGUUUGCUGCAAGGGGCCCACCAUCUCCAAAUCUUCAGUUGUCAUGUUAAUUAACAGUUACUGAUAAAGCUAAAUGUCAUAAUUGAGAGGAAAGCAGAGUUGCUUUCAGGAGUUCCUGACAUAUAUUCUGGAUGCUACCAGGAGUUAUUUUGAAAUGUAACAUAAAUGCCCCUAUCAAAUAGAUACAGAACUAACAUUAGCAAGAACUGCUUACUAGGAAGGAACAAUUAUAACAAAUCACUGAAUGAUAGAGUCAGAUGUAAGGCUUAAGAUUUCAUCUGGUCCAAAAUGCCAGUGAUGAUUAUGCUUGUAUUUUCUCUGAAACGUACUUUAAAAAGUAACGGCCAGCUAUCCUUUUUUGUUUUGAACACUUUGAGGGAGUGGGGGUUAAUUGAUUUACUUAUGGGAAGACACACUGCAAUUUGCAUAGCACUCUGUAAGGUUUUCUAAAAGUAUGUCUUGGUUUGUACAUUUAUAUGGAACUUUCCUUUCUCAAGGGUAGCUAAUGACGUAAAAAUAGUGAUGAAACACAGAGUUAUUUUUGACACAUGCCCACUAAAAUAUGCUUUCCUCUAAUACGUAUGCCUUCUCAGUUUAAAUGUAUGUAAAUACUGAAUGCUAUAUGGUAUGAUUUAUAAAGGUAAAUGGGCCAAAAUGUACAUUGAUGGGCAGCUCCAUCAGUGCCACUAAAACUCUGACCCAGCAAGGUGGCCUGCUUGGACCCCAGCUUCUUUGUUUCUGCACUGCACCAAUACUGCUCACAUAUGUGACACCAGGCUACUCUUAGAACAAUGAUGAUAUUAGAGUAGUGGCAUUAUACUUUUAAAUAGGUACCCUAUAGAUAUUGAUACAAUUAGUUUUAAUAAAAGAUGUUAUAACCAUGGUGUUGAUUGAAAAUAUAUUCCUUUGGUGCUUGAAAUUAAGCCCAUUUUUGCACUGGUUUAAUAUAAAUUAAGACUUACUUUUAUUCUGCUACAUAACUUGUUUGGGAAACUUGCUAAGAAAUUAAUUCAAUGUUGCGAAACAUGCAACACAGAAGGUAGGUCUUUACCUAGGCUAUGGUUCCCAGGCUCUGAGAUUUAAGCAUCAGGAAAUCUGCAGAUAAAUAAAUAAAAUUUUUAAUUGGGGUAUUUAAGUGUUUCUAGCUUUUAAACUUGCCAGCUAAGGACAUAAAACAAAAACAGAAAAACCCAAAUUACCAUCUGCUAUUGGCAUUAUUAUAUAAAAGAAAAGACAUUUUAGCAUCCCCAAAAUAGGAAGAACAUAAUCUCAGAAUAAAGAAUAAAUUUAGCUUUACGAAAAACACAUUGCCUUUCUCUCUCUCUCAUUUUGUUGUAGAAAUGGUGAAAUCACAAUGACCUGGGCAAUAUAUUAUUUGCUUUCACACAUUUGUUGGUUAAUUGUUGUGGUGGUGGUUUUUGCUGGACAGUUGGUAGAGAGGGGGAGGGAUUGGUUUGCAAGUAUACAAAAUAAUUCGCCUUUUAUCCCAUCUAGAAAAUAGCUGUAAUCUGGCUAGGAAAUCCCCUUAGCAAGCUCAAAACUUCUGAGCUGUGGCUUUGACUGCUUCAGCUCAGCAAGUAUCCUCUUGUAUUCAACACUCAAGGUUGAAAAUGAUAACAUGAAAAUCUAUGUUUCCAGGCACAUGAAAGAAAAAUUAUACUAAAAGAGAAACCAAUGUUCUCAAAAACCUUCAAAAUAGUGAAGCAAAAUUUUUAGACUUAACUUUAUAUUGACUUGAUUUUAUAGUCUGAUGUGUGCUAGAUAAGGUUUGAACUCAAAGAGCAGAGUAGAAGAUUAGUAUUGAUGAUUACUGUAGAAUCAGCUCUCCUCACAACAUAGAAAACUGGGUUUUAAUUUUUUGUUCUUUCAUUGUCCUUUCAGUACAAUAGCAUGGGGGAGGGAGGCCAGGAGAGGAAUUGCCCUGCACACAGAAUGAUGUGUGCCAUUUUGAUUUGUCCUUAUGUCAGGCCCAUGUGCACUGGCAAUAAAUAAAGAUGAUAUUGGUCUCCGUUUCCUCAAAUGUGGUCCUGCCCCAAAGAGAUGAAUUCUGAGUUCUCACUUGAUAUUUAUCGCAUCAAAAUACAAUAGAAGUGAACUUUAUAUAGAGUGAACAUCAAUGCCAAUACCAAUACGAAUGGUGCUGAUUCAGUGUAAAAGAGGAGAUUUACUGUGAUAAUAAUACCUUAUGAGAAUGAAAUGAGCUUAAGUAGUACUAUAAUUUCUGAAGUCUGUUGAUACCAAAAAUUACCUGAUAUUUUGGUGGUCCUGGAUUUUGCUACUUUGCUCUGUAGUUUACCAGUAUCAAAACAAAUGAUCAAAGGUUUUUAUUUAAUAUGUUAGAAACUAAUUAAUUAAAUUUUAAGGACUCACUACUUUGUGACAUUCCAAUAUUUUUAGAUUAGCAUAUUUGUUACUCCUGAUGCAAAACAUAUAAGUAUAGACAGAAUUAAAUUUCCCUUGUGGAAAUGUAAUUCUUUCUAUUGAGAUUUAUAUGGAAACAUCUAGAAAUGGAACACUGUCUAGCAUGAACACAAACUUAAUAGAUGAAAAAAAUUUUAAUGUGAUAAACAGCAUAGUACAACUUUGACCACUCUCCUUUACCUGUGUCACUGAAAAGCAAGCAAAAUGGGUACUACAAAAGGUAAUCCCAAAAGGAUGUAAACCCAGCUUGUCUUCCCUGUUAUAAAAGUUUCUAGACAAACUGUUGUGUGCGUUUAUUGAAUGCCAACCAUGUCCAUUUACGCUUCUGGAUGCUGGAGAAACUACAAUGAACAAAGCAGAUAAAAAAUUCUUAACCCCAGUUGAGUUUACACUUGAACAGGAUGUGGGGCGGGGGAGGGACCUGGGGGGGGAGCAAAUGAGGGACAGGUAAUAAACAAAAGGAAUAAUAAUAAUAUGCUGUGGGGAAAAAUGAAACAGGGUAAGUAGGAUGGGGAAUCAAUGUUUGUUGGGGUAGGGGUGGGAGGCUUGUGACAUUAAAUAAGGUACUCAUGGCAGACCCAGAGAGAGGUGGCAUUGAAGCCAUCUUGCGCAAGACCUUUACCUCCCUGGGGGAAGAGCAUUUCAGGCAGACCAGCCUGUGCAGAGAGCCCAAGGAGAGAGCAUACCUGGUAUGUUCCAAGAAUAGCUAGGAGUACAUACAUAUUGAAGCACAUACUAGGUGAGCUAUUUCUGGAAGAGUUCAGAGAUCUUGCUUUAGUUUAGUUAUGACUUUCUAGUAUUAAAUCACCUUUACAUUCUUGAUCUUAUUUCACUAUCUUUAUUUACUGUGGAAUUCAGUUUGCUGGUAUUGUAGUUAGAAUUUCUGCAUCUAUAUUUAAGAAAUGAGCUUGCAGUCUUUCUCAUACUUGUCUGGUUUUCAUAUCAAGAUUAUAACUUCAUUAAAUGAGCUGGGGAGUGCUACCUGUUUUAUUUACUGUGCUCUAGAAGAAUCUGUAAAAGAUUGGGGCAGACUUUCCUUUGAAAACUUAUAAAACAGUCUGGUCCUAGUAUUUAUUUGUGGCAAGAUUUUCAACUACUUAUUAUGUUGCUUUAAAAAUAAUAAGACUACUCAGCGUUUCUAUUUUUUCUCGAUUCAAUUUUGAAAAAAAAGUUUUGUUCUAAGCAUAUACUCAUUGUUUCCCCCAAAUUUAUUAGCAUAAAGUAACUUGAGGAAUUUUCUUAUUUUUUAAACCUCUGCUAGAUAUAUAUACCUAUUUCCUUUCCCAGUAUUGUGUCUUCUCACUUUCUUUUCCUUGACCAUUUUGCCAGAAGUUUGUCUAUUUUAUUAGUUUUUAAAGAACCAACUUUUGGCUUUGUUGAACCUCUCUGCCUUUUUCUUUUCAUGCUCUCCUUCUUUCUGGAGGUUUAUUCUGUUAUUUUUCUUUCAUAAAUUGGACAUUUAAUUCAUGUUCAAUGUUUUUUUUUUACUCUGAAAUAAACAUCUAAGGCUCUAAGUUUAUCUUUUACUACAUCCCACAAUUUGUGUGUUUGUGUGCACAAAUAUGUAUGUACACAAAUGUAUUCUCAGUGCUAAUAUUAAAAAUUUUAAAUUGAUUUCUAUGAGCUAUGAAUUUUUUGUUUUUAAAAGCACAAAUUUAAGUUUUUGUAAAUGUAUUUCCUUUAAAAAACAUAUUCGUGUCACCAUUAAUAAGACAACUUUAUAUUAUGUGCAUUCUGAUAUGAUGGACUGAAGGUACAACGUCACUUACGUGGUAUUCCUGGAAAAAAUGUAUAAACUGAACAUAAGAAGAAAUAUUUUUUGGGCUUCCCUGGUGGUGCAGUGGUUAAGAAUCCGCCUGCCAAUGCAGGGGACAUGGGUUUCAGCCCUGGUCUGGGAAGAUCCCACAUGCUGCACAGCAACUAAGCCCAUGCGCCACAACUACUGAAGCCUGUGCGCCUAAAGCCCACGCACCGCAACAAAGAGUAGCCCCCGCUCGCUGCAACUAGAGAAAGCCCGCGCACAGCAGUGAAGACCCAAUGCAGCCAAAAUAAAUAUAAAUAAAAUAAAAUUUAUUAAAAAUAUAUUUAAAAAAAACUAAAUUGAAGGAUAUUCUACAAAAUAACCAGCUUAUACUUGUCAAAAGUUUCAGAUUAAAGAAGACUAAAGAAAUGUGACAAAUAAUGCAAAACACAUGAUCUUGGAUUGGAUCCUGGUUAAGAAAAAUUUUUUUUUGCUAUGAAGGACAAUUUUGAGCCAAUUUGUGAGAUUUGAGUAUAGAUUAGAUAACAGCAUUGUAUCGAUGGUAAUUUCCUGAAUUUGAUCAUUGUACUGUAAUUACUUUUAAAAAAGUUGUUUUUAAGGAAAUACACACUAGACUAUUUAGGGAUAAUGAGACAUAUAUGCAACUUAAAUUCAAAAGUUUCAGAAGUAUGUAUACAGAAAAUGAUAAAGCAAAUGUGUUAAUAUGUUAACAUUUGGAGAAUCUAGGUGAAGGGUACAUGGGAAUUUGUGCUGUUUUGCAAAUUUCCUGUAUUUCUGAAGUUAUUUCAAAAUAAAAAGUUAAAUCUUUUGUUACUAAUUUCUAAAUAAUUGCAUUGUAGUCAAAGAACAUGUGAAUAUGACAUAGCUUGGGCAGGUUAUAACCUUUCUCCACCUCAGUUUUACCUUCUGAAAAUGGGAAUAAUAAUAGCUCCUAUCUCAUAGAUUGUUGAGAGCAUAAAUUAAUAUUUUUAAAGUGCUCAGAAUCCAGCACAGCAUAAGGUAAAUAUAUAUAUAUGAUAUAUAUGAGAUAAACAAUGGUCCCCAAAGGUAUCAAGUCCUAAUCCCUGUACCUGUAAAUGUUACCUUAUAUGGGAAAAGGCCCUUGCAAAUGUGAUUAAGUUAGGGAUCUUGAGAUGAGAUUUUCUUAGGUUAUCCAGAUGGGUCCUAAAUGGAAUCACAAUAUUCUUAAUAAGAGUGAAACAGAGAAAGAUUACAGCCGGAAGAGGAGAAAGCAAUGUGACCACAGAGGCAGAGACUGGAGUAUUGCAGCCAUAAGCCAAGGAAUGCCAUCAGCCACCAAAAGCUGUUGGGGGCCAGGAAUGGAUUCUCCCCUAGAGGUUCUGGAGGGUGCAGGGCUCAGCCAGCCAACACUUUGAUUUGGACUAGUAACUGAAUUUGGACUUCUGGCCCCCUGAACUGUGAGAGCAUAGCCUUAUUUUAAGCCACUGGGUUUGUUACAGCAGCAAUAGGAAACUUAUACAAAUGUAAGCUUUUUAUUAUUACCUUUUCUUAGAAGUAUUAUUACCUUUUCUUAGAAGUUUUUUUGUGACAUUUUAUGUCUUGGUACAGCCAAUUCCUUUUCAUGUGCCAUAUUUGCUUAAGAAGAAUGUUUAUUUUCUAAUUGUUAUUUUUCUAUAUAUGUCCUUUAAGUCAUUUGUUAAUUGUAUGCAGAUCUUCCAUCUCUUUAUUAACUUUUGUCUGCCUGACCUGUCAAUAAUUGAGAGAAGUGUUUUGAAUUCUCACUGUAAUGACGGAUUUGUCAAAUUCCCCUGUUUUAUCAUUUUUACUUUAUACAUUUUGAGGCUGUCUUUUUAGGCAAAUAAAGUUUAGAAUUAUUUCUUC